ACUGCGAGCGAGCGGUGACUUAAGCAACGGAGCGCAGCAAAGCCCAUUUUUCUCCUUGCUCGCACCCGCGCCGGGCAGCUCGUGGCGCGGCGCCUCCGCUCCGGCCCGAGAUGAAUGCUGCGGCAGAAGCCGAGUUCAACAUCCUGCUGGCCACCGACUCGUACAAGGUUACUCACUAUAAACAAUACCCACCCAACACAAGCAAAGUUUAUUCCUACUUUGAAUGCCGUGAAAAGAAGACAGAAAACUCCAAAGUAAGGAAGGUGAAAUACGAGGAAACAGUAUUUUAUGGGUUGCAGUACAUUCUUAAUAAGUACUUAAAAGGUAAAGUAGUGACCAAAGAGAAAAUUCAAGAGGCCAAAGAAGUGUACAAAGAACAUUUCCAAGAUGACGUCUUUAAUGAAAGAGGAUGGAACUACAUUCUUGAGAAAUACGAUGGUCAUCUUCCAAUUGAAGUGAAGGCUGUUCCCGAGGGCUCAGUCAUCCCCAGAGGGAAUGUGCUGUUCACAGUGGAGAACACGGACCCAGAGUGCUACUGGCUGACCAAUUGGAUUGAGACUAUUCUUGUUCAAUCCUGGUAUCCAAUUACAGUGGCCACAAAUUCGAGAGAGCAGAAGAAAAUAUUGGCCAAAUAUUUGUUAGAAACUUCUGGUAACUUAGAUGGUCUAGAAUACAAGUUACAUGACUUCGGUUAUAGAGGCGUCUCUUCGCAAGAGACUGCUGGCAUAGGGGCGUCUGCUCAUUUGGUUAACUUCAAAGGAACAGAUACAGUGGCGGGAAUUGCUCUAAUUAAAAAGUACUAUGGGACAAAAGAUCCUGUUCCAGGCUACUCUGUUCCAGCAGCAGAGCACAGUACCAUAACAGCUUGGGGGAAAGACCACGAAAAAGAUGCUUUUGAACACAUAGUAACACAGUUCUCAUCAGUGCCUGUGUCUGUAGUCAGCGAUAGCUAUGACAUCUAUAAUGCGUGUGAGAAAAUAUGGGGUGAAGACCUAAGGCAUUUAAUAGUAUCGAGAAGUACAGAGGCACCACUUAUCAUUAGACCUGAUUCUGGAAACCCACUGGACACUGUGUUGAAGGUCUUAGAUAUUUUAGGCAAGAAGUUUCCUGUUACUGAGAACUCAAAGGGCUACAGAUUGCUGCCGCCUUAUCUUAGAGUCAUUCAAGGAGAUGGCGUGGACAUCAAUACUUUACAGGAGAUUGUAGAGGGAAUGAAACAGAAAAAAUGGAGCAUUGAGAAUGUUUCCUUUGGUUCUGGCGGAGCUUUGCUGCAGAAGUUAACAAGAGACCUCUUGAAUUGCUCCUUCAAGUGCAGCUAUGUUGUAACCAAUGGCCUCGGGGUUAAUGUCUUUAAGGAUCCAGUUGCUGAUCCCAACAAAAGGUCAAAAAAGGGCCGGUUGUCUUUACACAGGACGCCCGCGGGGAACUUCGUUACACUGGAGGAAGGGAAAGGGGACCUUGAGGAGUAUGGCCACGAUCUUCUCCAUACAGUGUUCAAGAAUGGGAAGGUGACAAAAAGCUAUUCAUUUGAUGAAGUCAGAAAAAAUGCACAGCUGAACAUCGAGCAGGAUGUGGCACCUCACUAGGCUUGUUCAGCCUGCUUGUUAUGUGUGCAGUGUGUGUAGACAUACAUGCACGUGUGUGUGUGCCUAUGUGUGUGUAAUAACAUGUCCAUUGUACAGAUGUGUGGGUUUGUGUUUAUAAUACAUUGCAGCCAGAUUAUUUGUUGGUUUAUGGACAUACUGCCCUUUUAAUUUCUUUUUCUCAGUGUUUAGAUGAUCUCAAAUUAGAAAAGACUUAUAACCAUGUACAAGAUUAAUGGCUAAAGUAAGCUUUUUAGGGCCCUUUGCUAAUAGAUAGUAACUCAAUCUGGUGUUGAUCUUUUCACAAAUAACAGAACCAAGAAACUUUUAUAUAUAACUACAGAUCACAUAAAACAGAUUUGCAUAAAAUUACCAUGACUGCUUUAUGUUUAUAUUUAACUUGUAUUUUUGUACAAAUGAGAUUGUGUAAGAUAUAUUUAAAGUUUCAGUGAUUUAACAGUCGUUUCCAACUUUUCAUGAUUUUUAUGAGCACAGACUUUCAAGAAAAUACUUGAAAAUAAAUUACAUUGCCUUUUGUCCAUUAAUCAGCAAAUAAAA